AUGGAGAAUUCAGAUUAUACAGAGGUACCUCUAUUGCUCAAAGUGUUCCUCGGGUGCUGCUUUGCCAAAAAGAUGCUGUUUUUGUUGUAUCCAACAGCUUCCGCUGCUCUACCGUUGGAAGAAGCCCCCGCCCCAACGAGCACUUUUGACAUUGAUACAAACUGGCUGAUCGUUGGAAUGCAAACGGAUCGGCAUCAAGAGGGCUAUCAUCGUCGUCGACAAUAUCACCUCGGUUGGUGGCGAAACAUUUGUGAUCUGUAUAACUUCACACUGCUGGAUGUAGAAAAACAGCUUAUCUACGCUGAGAAGGGUGUAACAAAGACGUACUCUCACGUAUAG